AUGUCUGAAAUGCGUGUGCCGAGUCUUCACACACCAAAUCACUCGAUCACACUUCCUGUCGUCGAUACACAGGCCUCGCAAACGCCAUUUCGCACUCAUAAAAGAAACGCGUCAGCUAUACCAAAGGGUCUUGACAGUGCCAUUUUGGUUUCGCGGAGUCGGAGCGUUGGGGAGAGCCGGUCUGUCAUUGUAACUGUUUUAAGUCGCGCCACCAAGUCUCCCUCGGACGAGAGUCCACCCCCUUCCGCAAACACUUCGAACCCCAACGAAACAAACGAAACAAUAGAAUCUGUACAAACAAGUCAACAACCAGAAGAAAUCCAAAGUGAAAUUAACAGAGUAAUUGGCGAUGAAAAGGUGAUGAAAAAAGAAGUCAUAUGUGUUGAACCCGCUAUCGUUAAAAAGAGUCAUAUGAGUAGAAGCCUGUUAGAGAGUAAAGACUUGAGUACGAUCUCCCAACAAAUACAAUCAAAACUUGAAACAACAGACCAGAACUAUAACAGUCAACAAGACACUGGACUGUUGUCGCCUAGAGGUGUUAGAAUCGGUGUGAAGAGAAAACAAAGAACAGGAAAUGUAUCUUUUUAA